CUGCCCGGUCCGCCACCUUCCCGCGCCCCGGAACGGCAACCCAGCGGGCGGAGCUUCCCCACGCCUUCCGCCCGCGUCUCCCCGCAGAUCCUCUGGGGAAGCCAUGGAGCCGGGGGUGCGGCUGGAGGAGGGUGAGGCUCUCCGGUGCCCGCAGGCGGGGGACCCGCUGCCUGAGGAGGAGGAGCCGGAGCAGCCGGAGCAGCAGCGUGAGGGGGAGGAGAGAGAAGAAGAGGAGGAGGAUGAUGAUGAUGACGAGGCGUCACACCGUGCCAAGCGGAGGAAGGUGCUAUGCUCCGAGUUUGCCGCCAUCACCUGCAGCGACGUGGCGGUGGCACGCAGCUUCUUGGCCGGCAACGACUGGCAGAUGGAGAUGGCGCUGAACGCCUAUUUCGAGGUGCCGGUGGAGAAGGAGGCGAAGAAGGAGGAGAAGGAGGCGGAGGGAGGGAUAUUGCCGGCUAGCGCGGAGCCCGGGACCUGUAUUGACCUUACAGCAGAUGCGACUACUAGUAAUUCCAGUGGCAACAGCAUGGACCCAAAGCAACAAGAAGAUGACAGCAGGUUUUCACUGUUAACCUGGAACAUUGAUGGGCUGGAUAUAGGAAAUCUAAAAGAAAGAGCUAAAGGAAUUUGUUCUUACCUGACACUAUACAAUCCAGAUGUUGUGUUUUUACAAGAAGUUGUUCCACCACAUCUCUGCCUCCUACAGAUGAAAGCAAGCAGUUACACCAUUAUUCCAGGUAACAUAGAUGGCUAUUUCACUGCCAUAAUGUUGAAGAAAACAAGAGUGAAGCUACUGAAACAUGAGAUAAUACCUUUUCCAACAACCUCCAUGAUGAGGAACCUUUUGGUUGCACAUGUGAGCAUAUCUGGUAAUGAACUUUGCCUUAUGACUUCUCAUCUGGAAAGCACUAAAGAUCACUCCAAGGAGCGUGUGAAGCAGCUGCAAAUAGUGUUCAAUGAAAUGCAGAAGGAGUCAGAGUCCACUACUGUUAUAUUUGGAGGGGAUACAAACCUCAGAGACAGUGAGGUUACUAAACUCGGAAGCUUACCUAAGAACGUUGUGGAUAUCUGGGAGUUUCUGGGUAAACCUCAGCACUGUCGCUACACUUGGGACACCCACUCCAACACCAACCUGGAUGCACCAUACAAGUGCAAGAUGAGGUUUGACCGUAUUUACUUUCGUCCUGCAGCAGGUGAGGGACAUAUUAUUCCACGAAGUAUGGACUUAAUUGGAUUGGAAAAAUUAGACUGUGGCCGAUUCCCUAGUGAUCAUUGGGGUCUUCUCUGUAACUUUGAUGUGAUAUUAUGAAAUAGAAAAAAGACUUGCACUGUGAGGUGAUCUGUUAAAAAAAAUCUGCCCUCUCAGUUUAAGAAGGGCGUAUUUAAAUUUUCAGCCCUAACAUAUUCUCUGUUCUUGUCUUACACUGGAAUGGCUUCAUUUCAAGCUGCAGUUCCCUUCUUCUCAUUGUCUGCAUCUGUUCUUUAGUUACAUUGAAAAAGAUUUAUUUUUAAUAAAGUGUACAAAUAAAAACCCCAGCAAAUUAUAGUUCUAAAAUGGGAGAAAAAAAUGUAAAUACAGUUCUUAAACAUGCUCAGUGUUUUAAGACACUUUUAUUUUGUCAUGUAUUCUAAUCUUUUAAUAAAUUGUGCUUUUUUAUUUUAAGAAUACUUUUAUGUCUGCUUUGUUUCUUUUGUAACC